AAAAACACCAACAACCGGUCUCUGUUGUGCGGCUUUCAAGUCAGAGUCUAGGGUACGUCUGACGUCUGGUUUGUUCAUUUUCAUUUUAAAAGGUAAAUGGCAGACCACGCUAUUCUACAUAGUGGAUAUCAUCAUCCAACCUUGAGGACAUGGCAGUCAUUAGGUACAACAAUUACACCGGAUAAUCUUAUGUAUCCUCUUUUCAUCGUGUGAGUACUAUUCUUAAGUAUAGUUAGUUAGUAAUAAUAGUACUACUAAUUAAUUGUAAUAAUAGUAUUAGUUAAUAAUAGUAAUAGUAAUAAUGGUAACAAGUAGCCACUUACUUAAACUUAAAAAACUGAAUACAUUAAAUUCAAAAGUACUUAUCUUAUUACUUAUUUUAUUUAAAUAUUUUUUUAUAUACUAUACCGUGAGCCAUAAUACUUGUCUUGUCAGUGAUUGUGAUACACAUAUGAUCAGUUGGCUAUACAGUGUAGUGUAGGACUGUGUAAGUGUAGGUAAGGGUCACUAGUUAAUAGCAGUUAUGUAGUAGCCUAGCAUACUGAUUUAAAUUUAGUUAUUAGUCCUCUUGAGUCUUAGUCUUAAUCUUAUUCUUUUCAAUCACAUCUUAUCUUUAAAAUAAAAAAGUCUUUCAGCUUUCUUUGUCUUUACAAUUACAAUCUUCUUUAAUAAUAAUAAAAUAGUACUAAUACUAGUAACACUACUUUGUAAGUUUGUAUUUGAUUGAUUGAAUAUGAAAUUUAAUUGGGCCCUAAUUAAAUGAUUUAACUGUGAUUAAAACUCAAAAUAAGAAAAUAACUUAUUAGAUAUACUACUAUUGAACCUUGCCCAGUGCAAUAUUUAUAACACAUUUUUAAAAGAUGAUAUAUGAAUAUGAUAUGAGCCUAAAAGGCCUAAAUAUGAGGCAUUUUAUUUUAUACAGUCGUACUAAGUCUUUAAGCUGACUAUGAACUUAAUUAGUAUUAUUAGUAAUAAAUCUCUGCAAUUUUUUCGCUUGUAUUUCAUACUGAAAACAAAGAAUUAGCCUAAUUAUUAAUUUUAAGUAUGAAAUGCUAAAAAGUAAAAAAAAACUUAUAAUAGUAAAUGGAGUAUUAAGAUUGGGCCAUGGGGAGGGGGAGGCUGCAUAGGCCAAGAUUUGAAAAUGGUAAACUGCUGCAUUACUAAAGACUCUGAGUGUGCCCAUCACCUAUUGCAACAUAUAAAAUUUAAAACUGAAACAUUUAUUGGUUUGCAGACUUUAUUAAAGAUUUGCUUAGACACAUGUCUAAGAGUAUAGCUAGAAGAUACUUGGUUCACUUGCACUUUUAUUAAAAUAAUUUGUAUCAACUUCAAAAGAAUUCACUCAUGUUUAUUUGUGUUAAUGUGUUUUGUAGAAGGGGAACUACUUAGGUUUAAAUUCAGUUCUCUACCAAUAUUCAUGUCUCACACAUUACUGAGAUUUAGAUUUGGUCUUGUGACUUGUCAAAACUUUUAAAAAAAUACAAGUUAAGUUCAGAAGGUCAGUCAUGUGGCUUUGUCAUGUGAUGCUGGUUGCCCAGGUCAUGACCUAUAUCUCUUAAAAAUGUGUGCAGGUUUGGGUGUGGUGGGAGGUAAUUCUCUCUCACAGAAAUUUGUGUGUGUGUGUAUGUGUGUGUGCAUGCGUUGGGACUGGGUGCUGGAGGGGGCAAAUUGCUUGAUUUUAUAAGAUUUUUUUAGAAACAAUUGUUAAAUGCCACAAUGCUGCAGCACCAACAUGCUUUUAAAUGUGGGAAACCAUUAAUUUGAUGAUCAAAAUAAUUAAUUUCAAUUUAAUAGAACAUGUUACAUUUUGUUACAUUUGCAUUGAUUGUCCAAUUUUUUUCUCAUUUAAUCAGGCUAAAUUAAUUAUUGUAUAAAAGAAGCCUGAUAUCCAUAUUUAGUGUUAAAACCUAAUGCCAAUGGGUCAUAUACAAUGUUCAAAUUGUUAAAUUCAGAAAGUCUUUGACUGGCAAAAAGAAAGAAGACUCAUAUCAUUUUUGAACAUUAAAUUUUGUUGAUAUAUUUUGGAGAUAUCAGCUUUGUAUAACAUGAACUGGAGGAAAUCCAUUUUUUGUCCAUGUCCAUACUAAUCCUAACGUGUUAUAUAUUUCAUAUUUUUAUACAUAUUAUGGGUAUUUUAAAAGAGAGUUAUUUCCUGCAUCAUUUUUUUUUCUUCUGUUUCUUUUCAACGUGGCUUUCAGAAAAAUUAACAUUCACUUAUCUUAAGUGGGCAACAUCCAUAGUCAGAUAUUGAAGGUAAUAGCCACAAGUAGCUGGCCAUUUAGCUAUGAAAACUGGCUAAUGACAAAUUGAGGGGCAUUUAACAUUGUAAGGUGGUGUGGAAUAAGAUGUGAUGUAGAUUACUGGAUACAUUAAAAAUCGACUAGAUUCUGGCAUUCUAACACUUUAGAUUGCUUCUUUUUUAUUAGAUACAUUAAAGAGCGGACAAAGAGUGUUGAAAAUGUUUGCAAAAAAUAUGAUCUUUUAGUAUUUCACCAUCCAACAUGUAAGGGUGCGUUAAUAUUAAUAUUCUAAUAUGUCGUAGGGUAAAUACUCUAUUAAAUUUGAAAUCAAUAAGUCAAGAGAUUUUUUAAAAAAUAUGGUUAUGGGGAGUUCAUCAAUCACAGUUUGAUUACACAUGGUGAAGAACAGUGUUUCUCAAAUGGUGGUCAGUGGACCAGUGCAGUCCGAGGGCCAUACGUUGCCGGUCCAGACAACAUGAAUGUUUAUGGUCAAAUAGAAAGAAAAUGUAAUUGAUAAAUCUGGCACUGAGCCUUGUUGCAAUUUCAAAAUAUGUUCACUGGUACACCAAACUUUAAAGUUUGGGAAACACUUGUGUAGAAGAAGAGGAAUAACAAAGUUUGUUUAAUCUGAUUAUCGUCAACAUUACCCAUCUGUUUUUAAGAAAAAAAUUGUUUUGAAUUCAAUCCAUUUUCUUUUCCUUAGAGAUGACCCAAAUGCAGUGCAGGAAAUCAAAAGCAUGCCUGACCAAAGGCGUUAUGGUGUCAACCGACUGCAGGAGGCUGUUGGACCGUUGGUAGAGAAAGGGUUAAAAGCUGUUCUUUUAUUCGGAGUCCCAGAGAAUCUUGUGAAGGUCAGCGCAGGAUGGAUGAAUGAUGUUGCUGGAUUUCUAGCACGACAGGACAGCCUGUUUCAAGCUUAGUCAGCUUAAAGAGAUUGCCAUAUCUCUCAUAUCUAAAACAUUUCUAGUCAGACUCCUUGGACAUGGGAAUUCAAUUCAUCCCCAAUAAUCCCACGCUGUUACAUUUAAGUUUCAGCCCCCCCCCCUCCUUNUUAUGAUGUCAUCCUAUUAAAACACUGCAAGGAGGGCAUUCAAAGAUGGCGGAUACGAUAAAAAGAACUCAAGAAUUAUAUUUUUAGAUUAUUAUUAUUAAGAAAGAGAAUAUCUAAUCCCUUUGUCACCCCCCACCCCCCACCCCCACCCCCCCCCCCCCCCCCCUAUUUCCCCCCUGGGCAUUCUCUCUCUCACCCCCCACCCCUCCUCUCAAUUAAAAGUUCCAUAUUUAAAACAUUUUCUGUAAAAUAAAAAGCAUUAGAAAUGGACUGUGAUGACAUGCACAAUUAAUUCUUGCUUUUUGGUAAUGAUCAUGCAUUAUUCUUUUUUUUUUAUACUGAUAAAGAGCUUGUGACAGGCCACUAGAUAGUGAUAAGACCCUAGAAUGUGAUAGGCCACUUUCACUUUCAACACAAUCCUAAUAUGUCAUUAUUCAUUUUUUUUUACACUUUACACUGAUAUCGAGAUUGUGAUAGGCCACUAGAUUGUGAGAGUCUAAUAGGUUGUGAUAGGCCACUUUCAUGCUCAGUUUUACGAGCUUGGUCAAGUGCAUGUACAUUUUUAUUGGCAGGAUGAAAAAGGUACAGCAGCAGAUGCCCCCGACACCCCCGUAAUAGAAGCCAUCAAGGUGUUGAGGAAAGCUUUCCCUUCCCUUCUCAUUGCCUGUGAUGUCUGUCUGUGUCCAUACACAUCCCACGGUCACUGUGGUAAGGCGUUGAUUUAACUAGUAGCUUGUGGUGUCUUUCUGUGUCUGUACACAUUCCAUGGUCACAGAGGUAAGGGGCUGAUUUAACUACUGGCUUGUGGUGUCUUUCUGUGUCUGUACACAUUCCAAGGUCACAGAGGUAAGGGGCUGAUUUAACUACUGUCUUGUGGUGUCUUUCUGUGUCUGUACACAUUCCACGGUCACAGAGGUACGGGGCUGAUUUAACUACUGUCUUUUUUUUUCUGUGUCCAUACACAUCACAUUUUGCAAAUUUGACGACAUGACAAAGUGACAAACACAAAGGUAUUGGAAUGUGCCAAACACAAAGGUAUUGGAAUGUGCCAAACACAAAGGUAUUGGAAUGUGCCAAACACAAAGGUGUUGGAAUGUGCCAAACAGAAAGGUAUGGGAAUGUGCCAAAAUGUGUAGCGUGUUCUCCGCUCUUAGCCAGAUACACCUUUGCUGGUUAGGCCAUGUAAGGAGAAGAGAGGAAGGCUGUCUCCCAAAAGAUCUGCUGUAUGGCAAGUUGACUAAAGGGGGCAAGACAUAUUGGACAGCCUCGGCUGCGCUUUCAGAAUGUUUGCAAAAGGAGCAUGAAGGAAGCCAACAUAGAAAUCAAAGAAUGGGAGAUCAUCGCUGAGCACCAUUUCAGCUGGCGAACAGGAUCAAAUAGGCAGAAGAUGCACGAAGCAAAUCCCUUGCAACAAAAAAAAGAGCGUUACAGAAAGCCAAUUUUUAACCAGGGGUGAAGGUUCUCCUGGGAAAAGUGCAGCCGAAACUGCCGUCGCCAGGAUCAGCCUCCUCAGCAAUAUGAUGAUGUGUCAACAGUUACUCCAUCAUUUUGAAAUGACAGAAGGACGCUAUAUAUAUAUAUAUAUAUAUGUGUGUCAUAAAAGAUUUGUAAAAAUAAUUUUCAAUAAUUUUUCUUGCCUUGAUAAUUGUCUCUGUUUUCAGGCUACCUUAGGCCAGAUGGGACAAUAGACAAUGAACCAAGCAUAGAGAGGCUGUCGGAGAUAGCUGUGGCCUAUGCCAGGGCAGGUAAGCUUAGAAAUGAUUCCAAACCUGGAACUAGGAAAAAUAUUCAGUUUGUAAUUUUGAAUUGUGUAGAGUAAGGUUAUCAUUCCUAUUUGAAUCAGUAUUGUCCAGAAGAUAUUGCUAUGAUAUUUAAAGGUGUUUUUUUUUUUUUACCUGUUAAAUCAAUGUUGAUGGUGAUGAAGAUGGCAUGAUGGUGAUGAAGAUGCCAUGAUGGUGAUGAAGAUGGCAUGAUGGUGAUGAAGAUGGCAUGAUGAAGAUGCCAUGAUGGAGAUGAAGAUGGCAUGAUGGUGAUGAGCUUUUAGUUUAAAUGGGACUGUUAUAUUUUCCAGUGAAUUUUAACCUAUUUGAUUUGGAAAUUGAAACAAAAAAAUAUGGGUUCAAACCUCAUGACAUUUUAUCAUUUUACAGUUUGGUUUAAUGGGAUUUUCAUUAUGUUUCAUUAGCAUAAAGCCCUUUUCUUGUAACAAACAAAAUUUAUUUGUUAACAAUUUAUAAGUAAAUUGAAAAGUCACAAGGGGAAUAAUUUGAUAUUUUUGCCAGUCUCAAACUAUUUCCCCUUAGUUUAAUUUGAAAUUGUAUACUUUUUGUAGGCCAACCCCUACAUUCUAUGUCUUGUUUUGCCUCACAAUUCAUGAAUCUGUUUUCAUCAUGAUGGGACAUCAGGUUGCCAUGUGAUAGCCCCCUCUGACAUGAUGGAUGGCAGGAUAGGGGCCAUCAAAAAAGCUCUCUUCAGCAACGGUUUUGGGAACACUGUGUCCGUUAUGAGCUACAGUGCCAAGUUCGCAUCAAGUUUUUAUGGACCCUUCAGGUAGCCGUAAAUGUUUGAUCCGAAUGAAAUGUGCUAAAUUCAUUGCAUAUAUGUACUUCUAAAGUAAAGCUUUAGACAGCUGCUAUUCACACAUGACAUUGAAAUCCUAGUUUUACAUAGUAAAAUCCCAAAAUCUAGUGCUAAGUAAAUGCUCAUUAAUUUGCGUACCAAUUGAGUACAACCUGAGUACAAUUUUAGUACAACUUGGGUUCAAUUUGAAUACAAAUUAGUACAACUUGAGUACAAUUUGAGUACAAUUUAGCAUCACAUUGUACAAGAUAAGUAUCCUCAUUUUUACAAAAUGAACAUACAGAAAGACAUGUUUGAAGAGGUAAAUUUUGUCUACUAUUUCUUGUUAUUGCACUAGCAAAUAUUUGCCAAUGAAAGGUGGUGCAGAAUACUGGGCUAUAAAGCUAGGGGGAAAAAUGGCAUUGCUCAACAAUGUUGCUUAAACACACAAUUACAGAAUCUUGUUGCACCUUGUGUUAAACAGAUUCCCUAAGACAGCGGGUGACUAUCAACAACACUAAAAUGGCUACCCUUUCCCCCAUUUAAGUUUAAAUUCACUUCCACUAUGUGUUUUAUUUUUAGCACAAUUCACAAUUUUUUUUUUGGUGCUUCAAAAAGAAAAAUUCUUGCAUUUAAGAAUAAUUUCAACAAUGACACACCUAAAACAAGUGAAUAUAUUUUACCAAAUGACAUUAUCGAAAACUUUCAUCAAUCAGAGAUGCAGCCAAGAGUGCCCCUGCCUUUGGUGACAGGAAGUGUUAUCAGCUUCCCCACGGUGCUAUUGGACUUGCAGAGCGAGCAGCAGUGAGUGUUAUUUUGUGAUCUAAGAUUAGAGUCAUUUCUCCGUAGAUCAUCUAUUCAACUAUCGAGAGCAAGAUUGUCCUAGGCACAAAAAGUACCAACACUCUGACUUUUGUAAUUUUUUUACUCUCAUGAUAAUUAAGUAAACUAUACAGUCUUUAAUACUCAAAAUGGUAGCCUUGAAAAGUAAAGAAAAAAACAAAAGUGCUUGGGGGAGAGACCUUUUACUGCUCACUAGAUAUUUCUAUAUAUUUGACAACUUUUGACUUGGCACUUGGAACAAGCUCGCUCAAAAGACUUAUUGAACGUUUAACCACUUUAUAUGAACAUACUUUGGCCUCUGUAAAUUUGAAGCCAGGAAAGUCAAGACAUCUGGAUCGAGGGGUGGGUGAUCCGUGUUUGGAAUGAAUUAACAUUUCUAUUUUAUAAAAUCUUGUAGUCUCUUUGAUCUAUUAGAAAAUAAUUUGAAUAAUAACAUGUAAGCUGUGUGGAUAAAAAAAUCAGAGACAUACAAGGGAGGACUGCAUUCAGGCUGAACAAAAAAAUUAAAUUUACCAAGGAAAUUCUGAAGAAGGACAAUAACAGAAAUGGAAAGUUUCAGCCAAAAAGCCUUGGACAGCAACAAAAAAACAAACAGUUUAAGACAGAGGCAAACACCCUGAGCUUGUUGUGUAGAUAUUUAAGUCUACAGGAAAUGGUUAAAAAUGAAAAACUGUAUUACAAAGUUUCAAAUUUUUUUUUUUUUUUUUUUUUUUAUGCAAUCAAUAGUUUAAAAAAAAAAUUAUUUUACAAAAAUGAGUCAACAGAAUUGUGUAAUCCUGGUUCACUAAAAAAAAAAAAAAAAAAAAAAAAUAGAAAAAAAAGAAAAAAAAAAAAAAAAAAAUAAAAAAAAAAAAAAGAAAAAAAAAAAAAAAAAAAAAAAAAAAAUUUAAUUAAAAAAUUAAAAAUUUUUUUUUUUUUUUUUUUUUUUUUAUGCAAUCAAUAGUUUAAAAAAAAAAUUAUUUUACAAAAAUGAGUCAACAGAAUUGUGUAAUCCUGGUUCACCUCGGUAGAAGAAUAAGUUAAUGAAAUUAACAGCCCAUUGUAGAUGAUAAUCCUCAAAUCCCAUUGAUUGUAAACAAAAAUUUAAAUACUUGUGCAUAUUUGUUUUAUUUCAAGAAAUUUUUAAUAGCAUAUCCCUUUUGCGUAUAUUUAUUACUUUACUUUAAAGAAUUAUUUAUUGAACAGUGUUUGAGGUGUAUAUAAAGCUGUUCUAUGCAAAUACUGUUCUAAUUGUUAAACAAACCUUAAAUUUGUUCCAAUAAAAAAAAAUAAUAAACCUGUGCAUAUGCAGGACAGAGAUGUUGCUGAGGGAGCAGACUUUCUGAUGGUCAAACCUGGGCUGGCUUACUUGGAUGUUGUGAGACUGAUCAAACAAAAGGUAGAUAACUCUCCAUUUCAAUCUCACUCAUAGUUUUUAUUCCCUCCCAACUUUCAUACUUAUUUAAGGACCCUCCAUUAUAUUAUGUACACAAAAAGUCAGAAUUUAAGGACCAUCCAUUAUAUUAUGUACACAAAAAGUCAGAAUUUAAGGACCCUCCAUUAUAUUAUGUACACAAAAAGUCAGAAUUUAAGGACCCUCCAUUAUAUUAUGUACACAAAAGGUCAGAAUUUAAGGACCCUCCAUUAUAUUAUGUACACAAAAAGUCAGAAUUUAAGGACCCUCCAUUAUAUUAUGUACACAAAAAGUCAGAAUUUAAGGACCCUCCAUUAUAUUAUGUACACAAAAAGUCAGAAUUUAAGGACCCUCCAUUAUAUUAUGUACACAAAAAGUCAGAAUUUAAGGACCCUCCAUUAUAUUAUGUACACAAAAAGUCAGAAUUUAAGGACCCUCCAUUAUAUUAUGUACACAAAAAGUCAGAAUUUAAGGACCCUCCAUUAUAUUAUGUACACAAAAAGUCAGAAUUUAAGGACCCUCCAUUAUAUUAUGUACACAAAAAGUCAGAAUUUAAGGACCCUCCAUUAUAUUAUGUACACAAAAAGUCAGAAUUUAAGGACCCUCCAUUAUAUUAUGUACACNCCCCCCCCCCACACACACACACAUGGAAAUAAUUUUAAAAAUCAAUCAAUUUCACAUAUUUCUUAGGUGACAGCCCGCGGACGCUGUUCGAACUUCUGGAGACUGUCCAAAUUUCUGUACAAUUAUGUUUGAAGACUUUUGUUAUUGUGACUACAUUUUUUUCGGAGGUCCCCAAUCCACCCCCCACACAUGCACUAGAUCUUUAAAAACAACCCCACUGUCCCGUCAGUGUGUAUGUAAUAUAUGAUAGGCCCCUUUCACUUCCUUUGACAAAUUGAGAAAGGGUCUGUGAUACCUGAAAAAUAAUUGCCUUAAAAAUGGUUAGUACAUUAAAAACCACAUUUCAUUCCAGUAAGUGUUCAAAUUAUUUAUAAAAAAUGGUGUGUCACUGAGGUGGUUUUUUUUUAUUUCGGUUGAUUUGAUUAAUGGGAACAGUUUUAUUAAUAUUCAAAUCUUCGCUUAAUGUUAGAUGUAGACCUUCAAAUCCCCAAUUCGUUAAAUAAACUGAUGUUCAAUGUUAGCAUAAAUAACCGCUAGUCUGAAUUUUAUAGUUUGCCAGUCAUCAGGGUCAUCUAGCUCAAAUGUUUUUGUUUACUUGUGUAGUACCCAACCCACCCUAUGGCCAUCUACCAUGUAUCAGGGGAAUAUGCCAUGUUGUACCAUGCAGCUGUUGCUGGAGCAUUUGAUCUCAAGGCCGCUGUCAUGGAAACAUUGCAGUGUAUGAGGAGGGCAGGUAACUCUGAAGUUUUUAUUUUUUUUAUGUUAUCCUUUUUUUUUUAAAACCCAGCUGAUUGUUUACAUUUGUAACAUUAUCAUAUUUAUUUUUAGAAAUAGUCCUUGGCUCAUAUGAUUCAAUUUACAUGCCCUGUUUUCUGAUAACAUUGGACACAAAAUAAACAAAUAAAAAAUUUUUAACUACAAGCAUUUCACUAUACUAGGGCUCUUAAACUAUCCAAAGGACUGGAUGAGGAUAAUUUAAUAGCCAGAGGGCAUCUACAUAUGUAAAUAUUAAAAGCACUGUCCCUUAUAGCAACACUUAACAUAUUGUUUUAUGUGCCCGUCCGUUCUGUACAUGUUUAAUCAUAGACUGGUCAUUGUAACUUAAUGUUCUUAAUGAUUAAACACUUUGUCAAUCAUUGUGCACAGAGAACUCAUUUUAUAUCAUGCAUUUCCUCUUGUCAAUCUUUGUACACCAAGAACGUCUUUAUGAAUUAUGAAUCAUGCAUUUCCUCGCUUCUUGUUGAAGGUGUUGACAUUCUGAUAACCUACUUCACUCCCCAUGUUCUGGAAUGGCUGAGCAAUGAAUCCAAGUCAAGAUGAAUGUUUGGAAGCAAUUAAAAACUGAUUCUUGUUAAUGUUUCCUACUCAAGUUAGCAUUCAGUGGACAACUUUGUCAUCCUUUGGUUAGUGAUUUAUCUGUUUGUUGUGGUAUUUUUUUGUCCAUCAGGGCCACUGUUAAUAAAUUGUCUUUUAAGUAUAUUUUGUAGGGUUCCUUAGAUCAGUGGUUCUCAACUCCUUUGGGGGUUGAACGACCCUACACAGGGAUCGCCUAAGACCAUAGGAAAACACAUAUUCAUGAAGUAGCAACAUGAAGUAGCAACAAAAAUAAUUUUAUGGUUUGGGGGUCACCACAACAUGGGGAACUGCAGUACAGGGUCGCGGCCUUAAAAAUGCUGAGAGCCACUGCCUUAAUGAACAUUUGCCUUUUUAAUCUUUGGCAAAUAUUUUACAAAUUCCUGACCAACCAAAGUCAGUGGUGAUCACAAUGAAGUGUUUAUUUGUGGUUUCACUUUCCAUCAAACAUUCUAAAUUUUUUUUAUAAACAUUUACAUUUUGAUAAGUUUAAGAUUUUUUAAAUUGUAAAUGCUUUGUUGAUGAUAAUUUGUAUGUGCAGAUUUGAUCAAUCCUGUUAAGCUUUUUUGGAGGAAAGCAAAAUGUUGUGUUUGAUAUUUUUUUUAAAGUAUUUAAAUACCUUUUCAUGGAAUGAAAAUGUUAACUUCUCUGUUCAUCUACCAAAUGUUUAAAAUGUUAUGUACUUUCUGAUUAAAUGUCCUUAUGCUAGUCAAUGUGAAAUAUUCAAUAUAAAAUUUACAAGAAAUUUAUCCAAUACAUUAUAAUUGAUCAUAACCAAUUUAGAUGUUGUUUUUUUUUCUCCUUAAUUUGUCUUUUCCUUAUACAGACAUCAAACAUCUCUGAUUGUUCACCACUUAAUUUUCUAAUUUACAGUAAAAAUAAUGUCAAAUAUGGUAAAAAUUAAAGUCAUCUCAAAAACUAUUUCUUCAGGGAAUACAUUCCAAAUAUAGCGUAAUUCUGAGAAUUUGUAAUACAUUCCAAAUAUAGCAU